AUGCCAAAACCUCUGGCUGAUCUGACGAUCCCGAGAGCCGACGAGGUGAAUGUUGAGGCUUGCCGCGAGAACGAAGUUCCACAAACACCUGUCACACCGGUGUCAGCAGAGGGCCUUGCGUCGCUUCGAAAUCUGAUUAUCGAGCAGGACGCUGGUGCUCUCGACGAGACAAGCAAACGAAACCUGCAGAGACACCUGCACAACGAAGCCAAGGUGCGACGAUCGACCACGUCGCUAGUGCUAGGCAAAGCCAAGGUGAUGGGCUACGAGGAGCUUGUGGAAGCGCGAGAGAAGCGUGCUGAGAAAGACGCU